CAGACCUCAACUGCCCACUCAGCACACUCAAAUCUUUCAUCGUCUUCUUCACGAGAAUCUUCUGAUAAAAUUCUCAAGAACCCUAAUUUCUUUAGAUCUUCUCAAAUCUCCGAGAAAAUGAAGAUUGUUGGCGCUAAUAUCCAUUUCCAGAAGUUGGAAGCCAAGUGCUCCUCAUCAACGUUCUAUCAAUCCUAUCUGGAGAUGAUUGCUGCUCAAGAGCUCUCCGAAUUUCUUCAUAUGGAGAUUCGAUUCAAGUAUGAGAACGAAGUUCUUGAAUUCUAUAAAAAUGGAAAGGUCAAGACUGUCAAAUCGAAGAAGGACCCACAAAGGACGAUUCAACUCAUCAAUUCCACUGUUGGAGGGACAAAAGUGAAAUUGUCGCAGAAGAAAUUGGGAGAAAAGCUUCACCUUCCCAAUUCUGGAGUUGAAAUUGGGAGACUUCCAGCCAAGAAUCUGGAUUGGAGCAUUAUUGGAAUUUCUGGGCAAAAUCCCUCUGGCCUAGCGAAGAAAGCUCAUCUGAACAACGACUACAAGCUAGUCUUUGAACUGGUUAUCGCAUGCCUCGAAUGUGGAAGUGGAGGACAUGCUGAUGGCAUCACCCAUGAGAGGGCCUUCAUCAUCAAUGCCCUCAUUACCAAGUCUAAGGUAAAUUGGGCUGCUCAUUUCUUCAAUUCCAUCUCAAAGCACCUGGGAAAACCCAACCAGAAAUACCUGUGUCAAGGUCUGUACAUUGAACAUAUCUUGGAGUCCUUGGGUGCAGCUUCUGAAGGAAAGAAGUAUGAAGCCAGAUAUUGGCUGUACUAUCUGUCUUCCAAAGGGGAAAACAGAGCUGGUGCUAGCACAACUGCAGAGGAAAGUUCUUCAGACAAUGUUCUUAUCAUGAGUCUGAACAAAUCUGUAAAGAGGAAGCAAGUGGUGUCUCCCUCUCCCAGUGCUGAAGCACCACAGAAUCUUGCUCCAAUAAAUCUUGAAGAAGAAGAAGAAUCCUCUGACCAAGGAGAACUACAAAGGAAAAAGAAGAGGAAGAUCACCUCUCCCUCAACAUCUGGACAUGUCAAUCCGGAUGAGUUGAAGGAGAAAGAACCAACACUUGAAGAACCAACUGAGGAAACCUCUGCUCACAACCGGAGUCCUCAACAACUUGAAGAAGAAAUUCCUCAAGUUCAGAAUUCUCCAACUUCCUCACAACCUCAAGUAGAUGAUGCUGAGAAUCAAUUCUGGCAGCUCUACUAUGACUGGAGAGCUUGGAAAGUUGGAAAUUCAGCAGAACAGUUGCUGAGUUGGGACCAGCAAUUGAAGAAUGAGAAGAUCCUCAAGAAAUGCUUAGGUCUGCUAGUCAACUAUUGCUGUGAGCAAAUCCUGGAUGUUGACUGGGUGGUUCACUCUUCUGAAGCACAAGCUAACUUGGAAACAACAGCUGAGGAUUUCCAAAUAUUUCUGGAAGCCUCAUCUGCCUUUGAAACUGUUCCACUUGAAGCUGAAGUCUCUACACCAAAACAGAACCAGGAAGGAUCAAAUGAAGAAUUCCAGCAACUUCUCCAUUCUGAAGCUUUAGAGAUUCUCACAAACCCCUGUGAAAUCACCAACCCUACUGAAGCAGAGAUCCCGGAGGAGUCAACAGAAAAUCUGGAGAUGUCCAAAACCCCAGAAACAAAUGAAGCUCAAGAAGAGCAAGUUGUAGAAACCCAGAGAAGUUCUGCAGAAGCUGAGAAGGAAACUCAAAUGGCAGAAAUGGAGGCCACCAAAUCUCCAGUAACCAACUUCCAUUUUCAUAGCUCUUCCAAUCCUACUCUUCCGGAUGAGGUACCGGAAAUCUGGACAAAGAAGGUCCAAGGGCUGAUUGACUCAGCCCUAGCAUCUCAACAUGCCUCCUUUAGGCAAGAGAUAGAGCAGAUGGAAGCCAGGCAAAACAAACUGAGUGAGAAAUCCGAAGAAACACAUUGCUCCAAUCUCAAGGAGAUAAGCAAAUCAGUGGAUAAGACUCUAGAGAUCUUAUCUCUAUUGAGUAACACUGUGAGCAACACGAUGGAGACAUAUGCAUCUGAUAGUUAUCUUCAACUCAAGGAGGCUAACAACAUCAAAGAGCAAGUAGCAAAUGUCACAAUCAGUCUACAAAAACAAACGUCCAUUCUCCAAAUGGACAUCAGAGCAGCUCUGGCAGUGUCUUCAGCAAAUCAAGUAGUAACCAAAGACUACUUGAAGGUAAUCAUUGACAAUCAGAAGGAAGCACACAAAUUAUUCAGACUUCUUACCACAAAUUCUGGAAAUCGCAAGAUGGAAGUGGUUCUUCAACAACACAGUCCAUCCUUGAUUCCAGAGCUUCCCAUUGCAGUCAAAGAAGGAGAAGUCUCUUACAUUCCUACGCAUCUAAACUUUACUGAUUUAGUCCUUGAAGCUCAGAGAAGCAAUCCAGAAAACUCAACACAGUGCUUAUCCAGCUCCGGAUUGGAUGGAACAGAGGUUGUAGGAACAAUUGCUGCUCACUUCUCAAAUGAAAAUCAAACAGAGGAGAGACGAAACAACAUAAGGCGCAUCAAGGAACUAUGUGGAAGCAUGCAAGGCAUCAGGGAGAUUGCCAAAUCUUCAAAGCGCAAGAAGCACUAAAGGUUUUCUUCAUCAAAUCAGGGGGAAAGUAUGUGAAAACAUUAAUUUGCUUUGAUGAAAACACCUUCUUGUUUAAACAUUGCUCUAUUGGUUUAAACAUUGCCUUAAUAUUUCUCUUAAUUGUGCUCACUAUGCUUGAUUAUACGUAAUUCAAGUAUGUUUUUGAAAAUUAUUCCUAGCGCAUACAAUCAGAGGGAAUGUAUUUCAGGGGGAACUUAACUAGUUUUUGGCUAACAAUUGUUUUUGGCAAUGAAUUAUUGAUAAGCUCUAAGAAAUGGAAGACGGAUAU